CAAAUCUCUGUCGGGUGCUGACAUGAUUUUUCAGACAACAACGUAGCAGCAGCUACUCACAGUCAUAGUCACAGAAGAACUCUUCCUGCACUAGUCGAAAGCCGUGUUGCCAACAUGGCCGUGUUGCCAAUGCCAAUGCUCCUCCUCCUACUCUUUCUCCGCGCUUCAGCUGCCAAGAACUCCGACUCAAACCCAUACAUCGUGCACAUGGACGUGAACAAGAUUCGAUCUCUGGACCCCGCUCCCGGACCUCCCAACACAUUGUAUCACUCCCUCCUCCGAUCCGUCGCCGCCGAUAACCGCCGGCUGCCGGCCGAACCUCCCGAGCUUCUUUACGUCUACGAAAAUGCCUUCACCGGCUUCUCCGCAAAACUCUCCGAUCAAAACCUCCAACGCCUUAAAACCGUCGAUGGCUUUCUCUCGGCCACUGAGGACGAACUCCUCACCCUACACACGACCCAUUCGCCGCGUUUCCUCGGGCUACAAAAAGGCCGGGGCUUGUGGGAGCCGGAGAAUCUCGCUUCCGACGUCAUUAUCGGCGUCGUCGACACCGGGAUAUGGCCCGAGCACCCGAGCUUCGGAGCGUCGGGUGCCCCGCCGCACGACCCUUCCCGAUGGAAAGGCAAAUGUCAGCGCGGCGCGAAUUUUACGUGUAACCAGAAGCUCGUCGGCGCGAGGGCCUUCUUCAAAGGGUACGAGUCGAUAGCCGGACGGAUAAACGAGACGUUGGAUUACAGAUCGCCCCGGGACUCUUCCGGGCACGGGACGCACACGGCCUCGACGGCCGGGGGCAAUUUCGUGAGCGGCGCGAAUCUUUUUGAUCUGGCGAAAGGAUCGGCAGCCGGAAUGAGGCCUACGGCGAGGAUCGCCGCGUACAAGGCUUGUUACCGGUUGGGCUGCGCGAGCUCCGACAUAUUGGCUGCCGUCGACCGCGCCGUCAAGGACGGCGUCGAUGUCCUGUCCCUAUCCUUAGGCGGCACGGCGAAAUCGUUUGACGCGGAUAAAUUGGCGAUCGCGGCAUUUGGCGCGGUUAAAAGGGGCAUCUUCGUCACGUUCUCUGCCGGGAACUCCGGCCCGACCGAAUCGACUGUCACGAACAUCGCGCCGUGGAUGAUGACGGUCGCUGCGAGCUAUACGGACCGGACUUUUCCGGCCGAAAUCCGGCUCGGAAAUGGCCAGUCUUUCGUCGGUGCGUCGUUGUACGUUGGCCGGCCGACUAGGCCGCUUCUAUUGGCGUACGCCGAGGGCGGCACCGCCGCCGCCCGUUUCUGUGUCGGAAACUCGCUGUCGCCGGAAUUAGUCAGGGGUAAGAUUGUCAUUUGCGACAGGGGAAUUAACGGCAGGGUAGCGAAGGGGGAGGAAGUGAAGAAAGCCGGCGGCGCCGCCAUGAUCCUGGCGAACAAUGACAACCAAGGCGACGAGCUAUUUGCCGAUCCGCAUGUCCUCCCGGCGGCGGCGAUCGGCGCCACGGCAGCCAGGGCACUCAAACUAUACUUAAACCAGACAGCCAACGCCACCGCCGGAAUAAAGUUCGACGGAACAGUGUACAACAAUCCGGCGCCGGUCGUGGCGGCGUUUUCAUCGCGCGGCCCGAGCCGGAUCGCUCCGGAGAUCAUCAAGCCGGACGUCACGGCGCCGGGGGUGAACAUACUGGCAGCAUGGCCGCCGAACAUCAGCCCGUCGGAGAUCCCGACGGACAAAAGACGCGGACUUUUCAACAUCGUCUCCGGCACCUCCAUGUCGUGCCCCCACGUCAGCGGCCUGGCGGCGCUGCUCAGGUCACGCCACAAGAACUGGUCGCCGGCGGCGAUCAAGUCCGCCCUAAUGACAACAGCUUACACCAAGGAUUCAAAAAACUCCCCCAUACCCGACGCCGCCGGGCCCAAAUCUGCGACCCCAUUCUCAAUCGGGUCGGGGCAUGUGGAUCCGGAAAAGGCGUCGGAUCCGGGUCUGGUGUACGACAUAGACGGGUCGGAUUAUCUUCUCUACCUGUGCAGCCUGAGCUACAAUUCAUCGCAGAUUGCGCUGUUCGCCGGCGGGAAUUUCGCCUGCCCUAAGGGCUCCGAUCUUCAGCCCGGCGAUUUGAACUACCCGUCGUUCGCUGUCGUGUUUAAUGCGAGCAAACCGAAUUCUGUAAAAACGUACAGAAGAACAGUGACGAACGUGGGGAUUCCUGUGAGCAGUUAUGCAGUGAAAGUGGAGGAACCUGAAGGAGUGUCGAUCGAAGUUAAGCCUGCAGUUCUUAAAUUCAGGAAAUUGGGAGAGAAGCUGAGCUAUGGUGUGAGGUUUGAUGCGCGGACCGGGGUUGUUUCGAGCAAAUUUUCAUUCGGUUCGAUAGUUUGGGUUUCGGAGCAUCACUCUGUAAGGAGCCCCGUUGCAGUGAGUUGGGUGAACCAGUGAGAGAGAGAGAGAGAGGAUUAGGGUUUCCAAUUUGAACGGUUACAUGUUAUUGAUUCUGCAGUUUCAGGAAUCUUCCAUUAUUUGCACUUUAUUUAUCGGGUUGGGAUUAGGUGCAUGAUGCUCGUUUAACCAUGUUAUUACAAUUUUUAAUGCUUAAGGCUUGUAUUA